UGAAGGGUUAACCGGUGCUCCGCUAAGUACAGAGUUAUUAAACAGACAAAGAGAAACAGCAGCGUAUUUAUUAUUUAUUUUCUAAAACCCAAAAUGUCACGCUUACAGCACUUACACAGCAUCGCACACAGCUCGACAGAUACAUUUACUGCAUAAACUACAAAAAGUGCAACUAACAUGGCGUGCGUAGGCGACAGGACGGGCGUGUCCCGGCGUGUGUUUUUAAUGCAGCCGAUGACGCUUCUCUCUAGUCCAGAGAAACAAAAAAAGAGAAAAAAACAAGUCUUGGUGGUUAGUCAGGCAGGCUGGUGGGGCUGCUAGAAGCGCCUGGGUGUGCGCUGGCAGCGACGGGCAUGAAAGGCGGCUGCACGGAGCCGGAGGAGCGGAGGCUGUAGUCAGGAUACGGGGCACCGCAAAACGGGGCCCCGGCCUCGGGGCACGGGGGCGAGGACCAUGGCCGAUCCGUGGAAACAUCACAUCAUCCAUCAACUAAAACUUCGGGACAGGACGCAGAAGAUCAUGUUUCAGGAGGUCAUACGGUCAUAUGUCACACUGCUAGAGAAGUCCAAUCAAAGGAUCUUGAUCGCACAAGGCAUCUUGGGGUCUGCAGCAAGGGUCCCUUCAUAUACCUCAAAAGAGUCAAUAGUUUCUGAAGAUGAGAAUAAAGUAAAGGACCUGAAAAAAACAAAUGGGGAGUUGGCCUACAAGGUUGUGGAACUUCAGCAGGAGAUCACAAUCAAAGCCUCCAUCCUAGAUGAGCAGUAUACCAAGAUGAGUGAGCUAAAGAAGCAGCUGGAGGCUGCAGAGUGCAGGUUUGGGAAGCUGCAGGCUGAGGUGGUGGAGGUGCGGGACGGGAACAGCCGGCUGAAGCAGGAGUAUGACGCCCUGCUGAGGCAGCACCACACCAUGGACGAGAAGUACCGCGAGGAGAAAAUGCGAGGCACCGAACUGCUGGAGGACAUGAUCCGGCAGAAGCAGCUGGCCGCCGCCAGGAUGAACAGCAGGAACGAGAAGAGAGUCCGCGCAAGAGUGGCUGGAAUCCAGAAGACAGUAGCCAAGGAGAAAGUGCAGGAGUGUGUCGGCCCUUCUGACACCCUGCCAACAGCAACAGCGCCCCCUAAGGCUAAGAUGGAUGAGCAGCCGAAGAAAACCCAUCCGAGGCCCUUUAGGUCCGCCUCAGCCUCAUCACCUCGGAUUCUCGAUUCUAUCAAAGAACUCUUUGAUAAGAAGAGGCGCGGUAACUCAGUCUGCAGUCUGGAGGAGGACUUCUGUGCCCCCAUGAGAGUCUGUUUGGUGGCAAGGGUACCCUGCAGGUCCUUACAUGUGCUGGAUGCACAUGAACAGGGCAUUAAUGCUGUGCGAUUCAGCUCCAGCUCUAACUUGCUGGCUACCGGGGGCACAGACAGAGUUAUCAAACUCUGGGACAUCAGUGCAGGAACGUUACAGAACCGAGGAACUCUAGAUGGCAGUAACGAGGGAAUAACAAGUAUUGAGUUUGACCCAACUGGUACCAAAAUUCUAGCAGCAUCAUACGACAAGUCUGCCCUCUUCUGGAGGCUGGAUAGCUGCUCGCCCAAGUUCACUCUGACUGGCCAUUCGCGCAAGGUUACAGCCGCCAAGUUCAAGUGCAGCCUGCGGCAGGUGGUUACGGGCAGCGCCGACAGGACCGUGAAGGUGUGGGACCUCCAGCGGGCUGCCUGCAUACAGACCAUCGAGGUUAUAUCCUACUGCAGCGACGUGGUCUGCACAGAGUACUUUAUUAUCAGUGGGCACUACGACAGGAAAAUCCGCUUCUGGGACAGCAGGGCGGCCAGCUGCACCCAGGAGAUCCCGCUGCAGGACAGGGUCACCUCCAUGGACCUCUGCCCUGACCACAGGCAGCUGCUCAGCUGCUCCAGGGAUGAGAGCCUGCAGGUGGUGGACAUCAGGAUGAGCAGCUCGAGGAGAUCGUUCAGGGCCGACGGGUUUAAGUGCGGCUCUGACAACACUAAAGCGAUAUUCAGCCCCGAUGGGAGCUAUCUGGCGGCCGGUUCGGCAGAUGGGGCGGUCUACAUCUGGAAUGUGAACACUGGGAACCUGGAGACAUGUCUUCCUGACAAGCACAACUCUUCCAUCAACGCCGUGUCCUGGUCAGUCUCCGGGGAGUACGUGGUGAGCGUGGACAAAAGUCGCCGGGCGGUCCUGUGGAGCGAUAUCUGAUGGGUGGAUGCGGCCGUUGCUCCCCUGGAUGAUGUUGGACAACCCUGAUGUCUCGUUGGUAUCACGCACGCCGGACUCCUGCCUCAGAUAACCAGCAGUGUUUCUCUCUGCCACCUUCAAGUAUACAGGACAGCCAAUAAGUUGGGUUUGAUGGUCAUGAUGGCAGUGCGGAAGCUGCAUGUCCGACUCCGUAAACCACGAGUGCAGCUGCUUUAUUAAGAAGCAGCAAGGACACUUCACCCUUUGAAGUUUCCUUAUGCCUGCAAUUGGAAGCACAUGAUGUUUUCACUUGUGCAGCCUUAAGGUCAUGUUCCUUUUGGGCAAACAGAAUCUUUCUCAGCUGCUUGUUUCCCGUGUGUUUUCCUGGAAGACAUCGAAAAUAGCACAUAAUAGCUUUUCUUUGUGACGUGGAAAGGAGCUGCAUGGCUCAAGGCCGAAGUGAUGGUCUUCAGCAUCUUUUCUCAUCGGGCACUUUGUCACGGUAUAGAGACGACCUCGCCAUGGGUCAGAUUUUCUCUUGCUGUGAUGCCUGCAGUCGGUUUUCCCAUAAUACACUGGGACACAGACUGUGACACAAGUGCUGGUGGGACAUACAAGCUCUGCACAACGACGCAUUAAAAUCCACCCACGCCGAAGGACAAAGCCGGUUAAUCAUUACUGUCGAAUGGGCCCUUGGUUACCCAGUAGGAGUCCAGAACCUGGGCUGUACACAUUUACACAUUUACACAUAACACAUCCAUGAGUCUGAUGCAGAAAACAGUUUACUAAUUUACAGCAAACUGAACCAGGGUAGCAAACAUGUCAGAAAACAAACAGGACAUGUUACAUGUCGACUAAAACUAAAAUGAUUCCCUAAAAAAGAGCCAAGCCAGCGCGCAGCCAGCAAACUCUUGGCGAACAAGAGACUUUUCUGUCUAGGCUUUCAGGGAAAGCGUGUUGAAAGGGUGUUUCAUAAAAGCACUUUGCUUCUUUCAGUUUUUUAUGCGUGUAAAUAAAAAUACAUGCACAACGGAAACCUGCCCCUUAUAGAACGUGGCCUUAUAGAAACCUGUCAGCUCUCUAGAACGUGGCCUUAUAAAAACCUGUCAGCUCUCUAGAACGUGGCCUUAUAGAAACCUGUCAGCUCUCUAGAACAUAGUCUUAUAGAAGCCUGUCAGCUCUCUAGAACAUGGCCUUGUUCUGUCAUCUUUAUGGAUUUUUAUGGGGAACCGCUUCUUAGGUUUACAGUCAGAUUUGCUCUGCAAACUGCAUCAAUUAGUUUGAUUGUAAGAAUUUCUUUUCCCUAAUAAUUUUAUUAUGCUCUUUUUUCUUGUGGUAACUGUGGAUUGAUUGCCUCAGAAACAGAAGCACAGCUGACACACUGUGACGGUUCCUUGGCUCUGGGCUGUAAACUGCAUUAAUUCUAACAGCAUUAAAAUAUAAAUAAAACAGCACUUAGUCCCAUACACAGUUCAGUUUCAUUUUGGAGAUUGUUUUUUGAAGGGACAGUAAUAUCAUUUGUGUUUAUAACUAACAAUGUUUCUGGUGGAAAAAUAAUAAUAAAGUAUUGAUUACAAAUUUAAAGUAAUUUGCUACAAUGUUAAAAUGAGAAUAUUUUACUUUUUUUUUUAGCAAAGAAAUAUUGUUUUGGUUUUUAAGUAUGAGUAAGUAUCUGUGGAGAAAAGCCAUUUUGAUUAUAUCUCAGCUGCUAAGUGAUGCUUCACAUCAGCUGUGAGUCGAAAGUUAAUAUUCUUUUAUUGGAUCUUUUUUUUGGCUAAUGUGGUCACGUCGUAGUCAUCAGCAGUGCUGAAUUUUAAUAAACAGAGAUGAGAGUUUUUCCUUUGGUAGAGUUGUGGAUUUAUAAAUUUGAUUUUACUUUUUAAAGAAAUGUAUAUAAUUACACAAUACGGUCAUUAAACAAGUGCCUUCUUUGAUUUAGUGUAGGGGAAAAAACAUUUGGACUUGGAUUUUCUUUUCUUAGAAACUGCGUAUGUUGCACAUGAAUAAAAUACUUUAGCAAAACC